CGCCUGAGUUUUUCCUCGAAUCCAGGGUGGAAUCGGGAAAAAGAACCGUGUCGUGGAAAUUCUUUCUUUUCUUCCGAGGCCGUUAUCGCGUUCGUCCUCCGUGGUUCUUGGGCUUCUUGCUCCGCCACGCCUGCCUCUUUCUUUCGCCUCCGCCUGCUUCUUCAGAACAGAUUAUUUUUUGUGCCACUUGAUAUUUUCCGGACAAGGAUGGCGGCCGCCAUCGGAUUCACAAGGAUGGCUCUCCACGCGGCCAUGCCUUGUUCCUCUGCCGCUCAACGUUUUCAUACAAGACCUGAGUUGGUCUUUCCUAUCCUUCAGUUAAAGAAUGCUGCAUUUUCCCUCAAGGCCAUCAAAAUUGGAAGCAUCAACAGUAGCAUUUUGCCCCUUCGUUCAAGAAUCUUCUGUUCCUCAGCAGAUGUGUCCCACAACAGCAGCAGCAGCACUGUAGUAAACCCGACACCUUCAACGUCUCCAUCCAUUCCCGAUGAGCCAGCACCGUCCACAAAUGUGGAUCCCCUACGAGAUAAUGCCAAUGCACUAGAUAUCAGAGUCGGACGAAUAAUAAAAGCCUGGAGACAUCCGGAGGCCGACUCUCUUUACGUGGAGGAGGUGGAUGUGGGUGAGCCCGAACCCCGGACUAUCUGUAGUGGUCUUGUUGGCUUCGUCCCAUUGGAGGAGCUUCAGGAUAGGAAUGUUGUUGUCCUUGCUAAUCUUAAGCCACGGAAUAUGCGUGGCAUUAAGUCAAAUGGAAUGCUUUUGGCUGCUUCAGAUGCACAACAUGAGCAUGUCGAGCUUCUUUUACCACCAGAAGGUUCUGCCCUUGGAGAAAGAAUAUGGUUUGGCUUAGAAGAAGACAAACAUGAACAACAAGAAGCUGCCACACCAAAUCAGGUGCAGAAAAAGAAAAUAUGGGAAUACGUGCAACCUCACCUUAAGACCACAAGUUCUUGCGAAGCUGUCCUUGGAGGGUACCCAAUGCGGACAUCAGCAGGCAUUAUUGUGUGUAAAUCCUUGAAGGAUGCAAACAUUGCCUGAGCAAGUAUAUAAAUCUUGUCUAAACACUCUGAAGAUUUCUCCAGCUUACUCUGUUCCUCAAGAGGGAUUCCUAUUUUUCCUCAGAAAUGGUUGUCAUCAUUGCUAAAAUAGUCUCUCAGAUAAUCAUUCAAAGGAAAAAGUUGGAUUCCCUUUCUAAUCA